ACUUUCAGGAUCAAAUGUUGAGUCAUAAAAGGCGAUCCCGAAGACGUCACACUCCAAAUACACAUUUGAGACGUUUAACGCAAGCGUAUCUCACACCGGUUAACCAGUUUCAACCAUUGGUCGUUCGUACUGCAUACGACAAAGUGGAUAAUGUCUACUACUUAGUACAAAAGCUUAUAUUGAAACAACAAAGUGUAACUAGCGGAUUGUUUCCACGAUAUUCAAAAAAUUGUGAAAUUGGCUUUGUCAAGGAUAGCAUCUAUUGUGCUUUGGCAUGUUGGACUUGUUCGAUUGCUUACAGACGACUGGACGAUGAUCGAGGACGACAAACGGAGUUGAAGCAGUCUGCUGUGAAAACAAUGCGAGGAAUCAUGUUUUGCUGGAUGCAACAGCUUGACAACCUCAAUCAUUUCAAAGAAAAUAUUUCACCAGAAUUCUCUUUGCAUGCAUGCUUUGAUUUGCAUACAGGCAUGGUUCUUCCAACAUCGAACGAAAAGAAAUUUGGGCAUUUACAAAUGGAUCUUAUUGCAUUGUAUCUGUUGGCCUUGGUUCAGAUGACUGCAGCUGGUAUUCAGGUAAUUUAUACACACGAUGAAGUCUGUUUUGUCCAGAAUCUUGUUUUCUAUAUCGAACGAACUUAUCGUACACCAGAUUUUGGUAUGUGGGAAAUGGGCUCCAGGUACAAUGUUGGUGAACGCGAACUUCAUGCUAGCAGUCUUGGAAUGGUGAAGGCUGCAUUGGAAGCAAUAAAUGGUUUUAAUCUUUAUGGGACGACUGGAACUAGUUCAUCUGUGAUAUAUGUUGAUAUUGAUGGACAUAACAGAAAUCGUACUACUUUUGAAACGAUUUUGCCCAGGGAAAGCAAUUCGAAGAAUACAGACGCUGCAUUGCUACUAUCGAUAGGAUGGCCAGCUUUUGCAACGCAUGAUUCAGAACUCUAUGAAAAAACAUUUAACAAAUGUAUUCGACGUCUAGAAGGACGAUAUGGAUUGAAGAGAUUUCUCCGGGAUGGCUAUCAUACUGAGCUUGAAGAUGCUUCGAGGCAAUAUUACGAGGAGCACGAAACAUCGCGUUUUGAAAAUAUCGAAUGUCAAUUUCCAGUUUUCUUCGCCUAUAUUGCAAUUACUGCUCAUUUUCGCGGAGAAGAAAAAUUAUCUCAUUCUUAUUGGCAAAAAGCUAAGGAAAUGCUUGUUUUGAGCGAGAAAACGUCAUAUUUGGUGAUGCCAGAGUGUUACUAUAUUAAUGAAGAAGAUAUGGAUGCUGAAAGAAUGGAACCGAAUUCUCAGGAUUUUUAUCCAGUGAGCCAGUGCAAAUUUGGUCACCAUCUUUGGUCUAAUGCUGUUUAUCUAAUAGCGUUACUUUUAAAGGAUGAGUACGUUCAUUUAACGGACAUCGAUCCGAUCUGUCGACAUCUUCCAGCCAGCCAACGGCCAAAAUACCAGAAUCGUCACUCCGUAUUUCAGAGUAGUAUGGAAGGCGAUCCUGUAGUUCAAGUUGUUCUCAUUGCUGAGUCAAGUCGUUUGCAAAUGAUGCUUUCAACAUAUGGCAUUGAUACUCAAACUCCGCAUGAUCUCGAGCCUGUAAGAAUUUGGCCGAGUUGGAGAAUGGUGAAAGUUUUCGAAUCCUUAGGAAAGAAUGAAAAAAUGGGCUUGAGCGGCCGACCAGGGCGGCCAUUUGGCCCUCUUAAUACGAGCAAAAUUUUCAAACGUUUUGGUGAUACUAUUCUUUGUUAUCCAUUAUUAUUCGAAGUGAAAGAUUUUUACAUCAAUGCAGACCCGGCUGUAUUAAUCAAUGAAAUUAAGUUAAAUUUGGAAUUUAUAUCGAGAAGAUGGAAGCUCACUGGACGUCCCACAUUUUGUAUGGUUUUACGAGGGGAGAUUAUGAGUGGUGAAUAUUUUAGUCAUAUGUUGGAUUUACUAAUCUCAUUGAAGAACGGUUGUAUCAGUGGAGUACGAGUACGAGUUGGUAGACUUCAUCAGCUUUUGAAUUCUGGAUGUAUGGAACAUGUCGAUUUUGCUACUGAUGAUGAUGUUAAUUAUGACGAUUUCGAAGAGCUUGGCGACACAGAUCCACAAGUUCUUUCUCGAGUUUCGAUACGAGAUAUCCAUGAAGAUGAUACCCAGUGCACUGAGCGUGAUUAUAAUUGUAAGCCGGAUCAUGAAUUAUGUGACAUUGUUCGAAAGCACAAUAUUAAUGCACUUCGCAAGGUAGCAUCUGCAAUUGUAGUGCUCUCUCAACGCUAUGGAAUGGGAUUUAUUGUGGAUGAUGAAUGUUUGGAGGUUCGUUUGGAACGUGUGUAUCGCCAGGCAUGCGCGAGGCGUCAUUGGUGGACAGUUCGUUAUUGUGCUGCAAAGCUCCGAAAAGUGACGAAUUCAUUAGCACCUGGUAUAACAAGCAUGCUUGUUAGAGGAAAACAGAUUACUGUUGGAGUCAGUGGUCGAGAAUUUACUAUAACAGCACCAACAGCUCCAGAUCAAAUAACUCAUGCACUUUUCAGUUCAUAUUUAGAAGAUGAACCGCAAGCUGCUGUCCUACAGCAGGAGCUUAUUAUUGCAUGUUCGGAUUUAAUAGCACAGAACCCGUCUGCAUUUGAUGGUGUGCUGACAAUCCGAUUAGCAUGGUUAGCGGAUGCGAUGUCAUUAAUGCUGAAUUAUAUGCGAAGUGCAGGAAAUAUUAGAAAAGGUUCGGUUAUUGGAAUGCUAAGUAUGUCAAUUCCAUCGACACAAGCAAGUAUUUAUGCCAAGCUUGGUGAAAAGUUAAGUGUUUACGAUCUCUCACCAAUUGUUGUUAAGGAUGUUGUUGCCGCAUUAUUGAUCAGAAAGUAUUGGCACUUACUAACCCCUUUGCAAUCACGACGCUUGAAUGGUUCACUGAACCGUGUACCACCUAACUUCUAUGAUAGCGUUUGGAAAAUUUUAGAACGUACACGAGGUGGUAUCGUCAUUGCUGGACAGUAUCUUCCUCAGCAACCAACACUGAAUGAUAUGACACCGUUCGAACUGACUUUCUCAUACAAAAUUGAAUCUAUGAUGAGUACUAUCGAACAUCCAGAAUAUCGCCAGAUUCUUGUGGAACUAUUAUGCAUAAUUGCCGUUAUUUUGGAACGAAACAGCGAGCUGAUGUUCAGCGAUAAGCUAGAUUUAGAUCAGCUCAUUUCCACAGCUUUUCGACAAUAUUGUUCAGACCAUGGUAUUGUAAAUGAGAGUGAUAUGACACCGUUCUAUGAAUUAGAUGAUUCCGGUUUGUCGAGAAAUUCAACAGCUAAUUAUUUUGCUCGGGCUGUAAUUGAUUCCUUGUUGAAUGGAAUAUGCGUUAGCCAACGCAAAAUAACUACCUUCAUGCCAAACCAUCCGUUGUCUUGUGCACCCGUCUGUAAUUCUGAACGAUCUGACAACCAAGGAUAUAAUGGUUGCUUGCUCAGCUAA